CAGAGCAGCAGCAGGAGGAGCACAGGGCUACACAUUCACCCCAAGCUGCAAAACCGUGCACGGACAGCUCUUUCAGGACCAAUCUGUGAUCAUCUCUGCAGCGUCUCCUGGACGGCUGUGUCGCUCCUUUGUUGCCAUCCGGGGCUGCUGGAGGACAAAACCAGGGAGGACUCGCCUCCUUGAUCGGUCUGUCGGUAGCCGAAGGGACGUGAUAUGAACCCCUCAUCGGCUUAGACAGCAGUGCAGCUAAUAAAUAGCCCCGUUUUCAGGGGGAGGGGGAGUUAACGGAGGAUCAAAGAGGACAUUUGUACCUUUUAACCUGCAGCUGAAGGCCCGAGACAGCCGCUCGGAACCUGUAGCGAUGCCCGGGUUUGAUUACAAGUUUCUGGAAAAGCCAAAGAGACGCUUUCAGUGUCCGCUCUGCAGCAAGGCAAUGCGGGAGCCGGUCCAAGUGUCUACCUGUGGACAUCGGUUCUGUGACACCUGUCUGCAAGAAUUUCUAAGUGAGGGCGUCUUCAAGUGUCCAGAGGACCAGCUGCCAUUGGACUAUGCCAAGAUCUACCCAGAUCCAGAGCUGGAGCAGCAGAUCCUGGCGCUGCCCAUCCGCUGCAUCCACAGUGAGGAGGGCUGCCGCUGGACCGGCCAGAUGAAGCAGCUGCAGGGCCACUUCUCCACCUGCGCCUUCAAUGUGAUACCCUGCCCCAACCGCUGCUCCGUCAAGCUGACGCGCCGCGACUUGCCCGACCACCUGCAGCACGACUGCCCCAAGCGCAAAGUCAAGUGCGAGUUCUGUGGCAGCGAGUUCACCGGUGAAGCCUACGAGAACCACCAGGGUGUGUGUCCUCAGGAGAGUGUUUACUGCGAGAACAAGUGUGGAGCGAGGAUGAUGCGUCGUCUGUUGUCCCAGCAUGGCAUGGCUGAGUGUCCCAAACGCACACAGCCCUGCAAGUACUGCGGCAAGGAGUUUGUCUUCGACACAAUCCAGAACCACCAGUACCACUGCCCUCGGUUUCCUGUUCAGUGCCCAAACCAGUGCGGCACACCCAACAUCGCCCGAGAGGACCUGGCUAACCAUGUGAAGGACAAUUGCGGCAGCGCACUCGUCCUCUGCCCGUUUAAAGACGCCGGCUGCAAACACAGGUGUCCCAAACUGGCCAUCGGUCGUCACCUGGAGGACACCACUAAGUCUCACCUGACUAUGAUGUGUAACCUGGUGGGGCGUCAGCGGCAGGAGAUCCUGGAGCUGCGGAGGGAGAUGGAGGAGCUGUCUGUCAGUCACGAUGGUGUCCUAAUCUGGAAGCUCAACGACUACUCCCGCAAACUCCAGGAGGCCAAGCUCCGAAGCAACCAUGAGUUUUUCAGCCCGCCCUUCUACACUCACCGCUAUGGCUACAAGCUGCAGGUAUCUGCCUUUUUAAACGGUAACGGCAGCGGCGAGGGCUCCCACCUCUCCGUCUACAUCCGUGUGUUGCCCGGAGAGUAUGACAGCCUGCUGGAGUGGCCCUUCUCCUACAAGGUGACUUUCUCCAUCCUGGACCAGAGCGACCCAUCACUUUCCAAACCCCAGCACAUCACGGAGACCUUCAACCCCGACCCCAACUGGAAGAACUUCCAGAAGCCCAGCAGCAGCCGCAACUCGCUGGACGAGAGCACCUUGGGCUUCGGUUACCCCAAGUUCAUCUCUCACGAGGAGAUCAAGAAGAGGAACUACAUCCGAGACAACUGCAUCUUCAUCAAAGCUUCUAUAGAGAUUCCCCAGAAGAUUAUGGCUUAAGAUCUGACCUUUUUUUUCUUUUCAUGAAGGAGGAAGAUAGGUUAAAGACUGGGACUGACUCUUAACCUUGACUACUUCUACACACAUACCCUUUAGAUACUUUCUGCCCUUACAGCCUCUCCACCACAGAGCUUGAAGCGAGCGAGUCUGUUUGGCUGUGUGAGCUGACUCGGAGGACCUUGAUGUAUCACAGAGGAGCAAGUGUUUGGUCCACAGAACCAUCACUCUCUGGAGUUUCUUUUUAUUAUUUUUUUUUAUCUGUUUGCUGACCUUUUAUCACAGUCUACAAAAAAAAGCCUUGGAAAUCAAACAGUGCCUAGAGAGUUUAUCUUAAGUUAUAUUUUUGUUGUUAUUUCCGCAGUACAGAUGUUAAAGAUUAUGGAGAAGAUAUUUUAAAAAAGGGGUGAAGGGCUUCGCUAAGCCUCUGCACUUAGAGUAAAGAGGAAGAUGGAAGCUGGCUGGAGAUGUCCCAUUUGGGUGAUAUAAAGAAGUGGGAGCUCAGCAGACUCAAGCUCAAGCCCAACUGCCUUUUGUUUACAUGCUCAAACAGUUUACUUUCACUGAUCCCUUAACAAACACAGAGCCCUCAGUGAGAGACGGCUCGUGAGGUUUGUGUACACACAUCAAAUCAAUGUUUUCUAGUGAGAAACUUGCAGCUUCAAUAUAAGUGAUUUUUUCGAAGGAACAGUCUUACAUUUUGGCUGAAUUAAAUGACAGGAUCAAUUCCAUUCUCAUAUCUGUGUGUUCAAUACAAGGCUGCAGCCAGCGGCGGGUUAGCUUAGCAUAGAGACUGGAAACAAGAGUAAUAAGCUAGCCUGGCUCCGUCCUAAAGUGAGAAAAUCCACCUACCAGCACCUGUAAAGCUCAAUCAUUAACCUCUUUAUGUUGUGUUUGUUUUAAAGGUAUGAUAUGUAAAAUAUGAACAGAAUUUUAUUUUGAAAUGUUUAAAAUUAACUAACAUUAUCAACAGAAUCUGAAGAAGUAACGGUUUUGACAUUAUGCGUUGUGUUGCAGAGAUAUCUACCAAAUUGAGAAUGCUAACCAGCUAGCCUCGGCCCGUCCUGUCUGGUAAUACCACUUGUACCUCGACAGGAGAUAGCGAGUCAUUGUAGAGUCCAGAGAACUGAGAAGCAGAACUGCUAAAAAAAAAACCUUUAAAAAAUCUUUUAAAACAACUAGAUACUACCCCAAAAUGGUGACUAUUCAGUCCAGUGGAAUUGCUUGCCUGGCACAUAGGCCAAAUGCGCAAUAUGGCAGCAACAGCAUGCUACAAAGACGGAUACAGUGUAACAUGUCAAUAACCCCACUAUGCCCCAAAGGGUUUAAGCAGUUUAGUCAAAUUUUGCAAAUUUAGUAGUUGGCUUUUUUUUAAUAAUGUCGGACUGUACAUUUAGAUUGUAUGAACCAAGUAGUAAUAGUACUGUUUUUUGGAGCAUGUGUCCAAGCAUUCUGUAUCGCACCUUUAAUCUGUAAAUACAUCUUCGGACAGAGCCAGGCUAACUACUUAAUCCAGCUUCUAGUCUUUAUGCUAGUCUAAGCUAACUGGUUUAUACGAAAGAUCUGAGAUUGGUAUCAAUCUUCUCAUGUAUAAGAGCAAAAAAGCGAAGAAACAAAUUUCCCAAAAUGUCAAACUAUUCCUUUAACUAAAGUUAAACAUGCCUCCCCUAAUGCUGAGAACAUCCUACAUCUUUUGAGCUUUUAAAACAGAAAAUGCAAAUGUCAAGCUCAACCAAGGCUUUUUUUAAAUUUAUUUUUUAUAAAGUUGACAAGUUUUUUACUCUACAACAUUGAAGCUACAGAUCAGUCUCCUCUAGUUACUGCUUCCUUUGCAGGAACAGUCUGUGAAUCGUUUUAGUCAGUAGUUCGAUAAAUAGCUUCUGGAGCCUGUACCAAACACACACUUCAUAGUGACCCUGUGAGGCUUCGUGUCUAUUGUUGAGUCCACCAAUAGAAAAAAAAGCACCUUUCGUCGGUCUUCGGAUGAGCAGAGCAGACAAAGAGGCCAGUUGUUGGAGUACACGUGCAUUUAAUAGUGAAGGACAAGCCAUGUGGCCUUUUUAUACAGUAUGUCUUUGCAUGAGGGUUUUAGGGGUGAGCAGGGCAACACAAACACAUGCAUGCUUCAUGUGCUACCACCUGGACCACAUUAUUGUACUGUAACCUGUAUUCUUGAAAUCCUCUCCCGUGAUGGCUAUUUUGUCUCUUUUUUAAGGACCGUUUGAAAAUUGACAAAUUGUCAGAAAGGGUUUUUUGGGGGGCGGGGGGGGUUAUAUACAGAAAAUGUGAACGCUGCCGGUAAUAUAACCUAUAAAGACAGUGAACACUUGGCUGUGAAGUGUAUUGUUUUACAUAGCCUGGGCAUGGGUGGUGCACUGUUGGAAGUUAAUGACAUGGUCUCUGCAAAUAUGUGGGUGUCUCGGGACUGACUACACCUUUUGUUACCAUGGUCACUGGUGUCUAUCUUGAGCUUGGCACACAAUGAGGAGCGCUGGGAGGGAUGUGUGAUACACCUGUUUCCAUCACGGAGGGUUGGAGGACUUGGAUGAUACAGUACGCUCAUGAUGUAUGUGAAUACUUGUGUAAAAAUACAGAAGCACAUUCUGUCUUUUUAUUAUUCUACAUGGAAAAAAAAUCCUGAUUUCUUGUCAUAAUACCAGCUGAUAUUUUACAGUGAUUUAAAGAAGUGAGAAGAUGAAACUUUUUUGUAAGAUUCUGUAUUUUUAAAAAUACUUAGCUGUUUUAUACAAACACUUUUUGUUGGAGAGUCGGGGUUGACUUUGGGAAUUUUCAGACCCUUUCGUCUCUUUGGACAUUUGGAUAUUUUGUUUGUACUUGUGGUUUGAGCCUCACAUACUCUGUCUGUAUUAUUUCCUCUUAAAAGUAUUUAUUUUAAGAAGCCGUCAUGUGAGUUUGAACAGAUGGCACAAAUGUUUUAAUAUGUUGAUUGAUGAGUGCUUGUCAAUUUCUUAAUUGAAAUAAAAUACCAUAUAUUAUA